AAUCAAUCUCUCAUUCCUUCUCUCUCUAUCUCUCUCUCUAAAGAUGCUUACUUUAAAUCUUCUUCCAACCUCAAGUGUCACUUUCUCCAUAUCUGGUUACAAGUAUCCAAUUAAUAAUUCACUUUUGUGUCCAAAACUUGUGAACAGGAAUCAAAACCAGAGAACCCCACAUGUUCCAUCUCUUCCACUCACUAAACACAUCUCUCAUCUUAAUGAACCUAGGUGGUUGAGUUCAAGCUUCACCAAUAUCCAUGGCCGCUCACUUGGGUCUUCUUCAAAUCCCGCAUCUCAUAUCUCCUAUCCCAACAUUUUUGGACACCAAGUUAGAUUUUCUUCAAAACCCACUUCUAAUAUCCCUCGAGCAGCAUCUGGAACCCCACAAGAAGCAAACCCGGAUGGAAAAAUUGAGGUUUCAAAGCCCAACAAAUCCCUCCAACUUGCUGUCAUUUUUGGCCUCUGGUACUUCCAAAACAUUGUGUUCAAUGUCUACAAUAAGAAGGUAUUGAACAUCUUCUCAUUCCCAUGGUUUCUUGCCUCUUUUCAGCUCUUUUGUGGGUCUCUCUGGAUGCUCAUUCUUUGGUCUUUCAAGCUCCAACCAUGCCCAAAAAUCUCCAAAUCAUUCAUCAUUGCCCUUCUUGGACCUGCACUAUUCCACACAAUUGGCCACAUCUCAGCCUGUGUCUCAUUCUCUAAGGUGGCUGUUUCUUUCACCCAUGUAAUCAAAUCUGCAGAACCUGUUUUCUCUGUCAUGUUUUCAUCAUUCCUUGGCGAUACAUACCCAUUAACUAUUUGGCUCUCAAUCAUCCCCAUUGUUAUGGGUUGUUCUCUAGCUGCCAUCACUGAAGUUUCCUUCAACUUUGCAGGCCUAUGGGGGGCUUUAAUUAGUAAUGUGGGAUUUGUUCUUCGCAAUAUUUAUUCUAAAAAAAGUUUGCAGAGCUUUAAGGAAGUAAAUGGGUUGAAUUUGUAUGGUUGGAUUACUAUAAUUUCAUUGCUAUAUCUAUUUCCUGUGGCAGUUUUUGUUGAAGGGUCUCAAUGGAUUGCAGGGUAUCAUAGUGCUAUCGAAACUAUAGGAAAAUCAUCCACAUUUUAUAUUUGGGUGAUAUUGUCUGGGGUGUUUUACCAUCUCUAUAACCAAUCAUCUUACCAAGCACUUGAUGAGAUUAGCCCCUUGACAUUCUCUGUGGGAAACACAAUGAAGCGGGUUGUGGUGAUUAUCUCCACUGUCUUGGUUUUCAGGAAUCCGGUUAGGCCUUUGAAUGCGCUUGGAUCUGCCAUUGCAAUAUUUGGGACUUUCUUGUACUCUCAAGCCACGGCUAAGAAGUCAAAGAAAGAUGGAGGUGAAAAGAAGAGCUAA